AUGGCGGAACUCAAACCUAUUAUCGUUAUGACUUCUGCGCCUAUCAUGGCCCACUUCAAGAGUCUCCUGCCGAUCUCUACCCACCUGGUAAAACAAGGAUAUGAGGUUCAUAUCACCACGGGAGGCUCUUUGAGAGAAGCCAGUGAAUGGACCGGAGCUACUUUCCACCCGUAUCCUGAGGAGAUUUCUGAUCCAACGACAAUGCUUUUUGAAGUUAAGGGAGUGGAAAACGGCACCCCACAGAGGGUCAACCAGGACCUAAUUCAGUUUUUUAUUUCACCAAUCCCCAAGCAGUAUCAAAUUCUUCAGAAUGUUUGCUUGUCGAUCACGACAAGAGAAAGCUAUAAAGGAGAGCCUAUUGUCAUUAUGACUGAAACUGGAUCCUGGUCUAUGAUGCCCUACUUCCUCGGGGCGCCGUGGAGAGGAAUUCCUCCCAGCUCUGUUGUUACAAUUGGAUCUAUCCCCAUCUCAUGCACUGAUCCAAAUCUCGCCCCGUUCAACGCUGGACUACCACCUGCGAAAACGGAGGAGGAGCGUGCGCAAUAUGCGGCCAUGAACAAGAGUAUCGUUGAAUCACCAGAGUUCUUCAAAGGUGCCCAAGAAUUCUAUGAUUUGACACUCAGAAGUCUUGGGACUACGAAGAAAACGACUCUACUGCUUAAUCACGUCAGACACGCCGAUCGAUACCUCCAAUGUUCUCUUGAAGAGCAGGAAUACCCACGCUUGGAUCCUCCAAAGGGUCUUCGAUACAUCGGUUGGCCAGAACUUAAAGGGCGGAAAGUGCCGCCGUUCCCACCGUUCUGGGAUGAGAUCUUGGAAGUCUCUAAGAACAAAACAAAGAAACUCGUCUUCGCUUGCCAAGGGACAGUUCCAUGGAAUGAUAUGAAUGACCUUAUCGUCCCUACUAUCAAAGGACUAGCAGGUCAGGAAGAUAUUCUUCUAAUCGCUUCCCUUGGUGCGGACCACCAAAAAUUGCCAGAGGAUUUGAAAAUCCCAGCGAACACUCGCGUUUGUAACUAUAUCCCAUUCGAGGAUCUCUUGCCGCAUCUUGAUGUCUUCGUAAACUCUGGCGGCUUCGGCAGUACGCAACAGGCACUUUAUUACGGAGUUCCCUUAAUUUUGGUUGGAACCGGCGAGGACAAGCCCGAAAACAAUGCUAGAGUCGAAUGGACUGGCGCCGCCAUCAACCUUAAGUGCAAAACUGCUGAGCCUGAGGCAGUCCGCGAAGCUGUCCAGAAGAUGUUAAGCGACGACUCUUACAUUAAGAAAGCGAAAUACUUCAGCGAGCAAUACGCUAAAGUGAACCCUCUUGAGCUUGUUGAGAAGAAUAUCUACGAGGCUCUUAGAGAAAAGAACUAA